GAUGACAAGCAUUCAACACUGAGGACAAGGACUAUCACAAAAAUGGCGCUCGCUGAAGUUUGCGGUCUUAAGUCGUUUGUUGAUUUCAAUGCAGUACGUGAAAAAGAUAAUUUUUCACGGGAAAUCGAAGCUUAUAGUGGAAAUUUCAUUAACAAUGUGCAGUUGGCUGUACCACCGUACAUAAAUCCAGCCGAAACUUUAGCUCGCAUUGCAGAAGGAACCGAUGAAACUGGAAAGCACUUAAAAAUCAAAUUUGAUCAUGGAACUACCACAUUGGGAUUCCAAUAUCAAGGCGGCAUUGUUCUUGCUGUUGAUUCACGUGCAACAGGAGGCCAAUUCAUUGGUUCAUCUACUAUGAAAAAGAUAGUAGAGAUCAAUAACUAUCUUCUUGGAACAUUAGCUGGUGGUGCUGCUGAUUGUGUCUAUUGGGACCGUGUAUUAGCGAAGGAAUGUCGUAUGUAUGAAUUACGAAACAGAGAACGAAUUUCCAUUGCAGCUGCUAGCAAGCUUUUGUCGAAUAUAGUAUACAAUUAUAAAGGCAUGGGAUUAAGUAUUGGUAUGAUGCUUGCUGGCUGGGACAAAAGAGGACCUGGUCUAUACUAUGUUGAUUCAGAAGGUACCCGUACUCCAGGAAAAGUUUUCAGUGUAGGAUCUGGAUCGAUCUAUGCAUUUGGUGCACUUGACUCUGGAUACCACUGGGAUCUAACUGAUGAAGAAGCUUAUGACCUUGGCAGAAGAUCUAUUUAUCAUGCUACUCAUAGAGAUGCAUACUCUGGUGGAAUUGUAAGAGUUUAUCACGUAAAAUCAACAGGUUGGGUACACAUUUCUGAUGAAGACUGCAAAGAUCUUCAUUACAUGUACCAAGAGCAAAAAGAAAAGGGAACUAAUUAAUAGAAAUUAUAAAUUAUUGUAUUCUUACAAAUGUUUUCUUUAAUAAAUUCAAUUCCUAAAAACAGAAGUAUCUGAUUUACAAACAUA